CACAACACAACACAGACCAAAACAGUAACGCAGUUCUCACCAACUGCAAAGUUACCAUCUCCUACGUUUGGAUCCCCACAAAAUGCAGGAAAGUAGAGACCCUGCAAUCACGCUCUUCGGUCGGAAGAUUCCCCUUCCCGGCGAUGGCUCUGACUCGCCGCUGGCCAUCCAUCUUAACGAAGAAGAAGAAGUAGGACAAGUUCCAAUUGAGGAGAAAGACGAAGGAGACAAGGAUUCUGGAGCUGAAAAUGUUAUUGAGAAAGAGCAAGAAGCUGAGCCUCCUUCAAAUGAAGAAGAGAUUAAGAAUUCAGGCACAUCGCCCGAGGCAAUCGUGAACCCCGAAACACCUGGCAUAGAAGAAGAAACUGUAAAAUCAAAAAGUGACAAGUCAGAGAAGGAACAAAGCGAUGUAGCCAACUCACAAGAGAAAACCCUGAAGAAGCCAGAUAAAGUGAUACCAUGUCCCCGCUGCAAUAGCAUGGACACCAAAUUCUGUUACUACAACAACUAUAAUGUCAACCAGCCACGUUAUUUCUGCAAAGCAUGUCAGAGAUACUGGACUGCUGGUGGCACCAUGAGGAAUGUACCUGUGGGGGCAGGAAGACGAAAGAACAAGAACUCUGCCAUGCAUUAUCGCCACAUCACUAUUACUGAGGCUCUUCAAGCAUCUAGAAUUGAUGCUCCUAAUGGAACUCAUCUCCCCACGUUAAAAAGCAAUGGUAGAGUCCUCAGCUUUGGAUUAGAUGCACCUAUUUGUGAUACCAUGGCAUCUGUCCUGAACCUUGGAGAGAAAAAGGUUCUUAAUGGCACAAGAAAUGGGCUUCAUGGCUUUGAGGAUCAAAGAUUUCCCGUUCCUUGCAAAAGUGGGGAAAAUGGUGAUGACUGCUCAAAUGCAUCUUCCAUUACGGUUUCGUGUUCCAUGGGAGAAAGUAACAAAAGUACCUUCCAUGAACCGUUGCUCCAAAACAAUGGUUUCCUUCCUCAACUUCCAUGCAUUCCUAGUGUUCCUUGGCCUUAUACUUGGAAUUCUCCAGUUCCCUCACCUGCUCUGUGUCCUUCAGGAUUUCCCAUGUCAUUCUAUCCUGCUGCUUUUUGGAACUGCGGCAUGCCAGGGAAUUGGAAUGUUCCAUGGUUUCCCUCACAUUCAUCUGCUUCAAACCCCAAGUCUCCAAGCUCUGGUCCAGAUUCUCCAACUUUGGGGAAGCACUUGAGGGAUGAUGACAUGAUUAAGCAAGACUCUCUGUGCAAAGAAGAACCACCAAAACAAAGAAACGGGUCUGUUUUGGUUCCCAAAACGUUAAGAAUUGAUGACCCAAGUGAAGCUGCAAAGAGUUCUAUAUGGGCAACUCUAGGAAUUAAGAAUGAAUCAGCCAGUGGGGGAGGUAUGUUUAAGGCCUUCCAACCAACUAAGGAUGAAAAGAAUCACGUUGAAGCCUCUUCAGUGUUGCGGGCUAACCCUGCAGCUUUGUCUAGAUCCCUUAAUUUUCAUGAGAAUUCUUGAAUGAACACCCUGUGAGACAGUCUUGAUAGCAAGGUUAGUCGAUUCUCGAGUUAGCAAGAGAUGGUGACCAUCUUUGAAUGAUGGUGGUAUUGAUUGGCUUCAUGAUAGCAGCGAAGGGUGUUAGUCUCUAAUUUGCUCCGCUUAAGUGGGUAAACUAAUCUACGAGGACGAGGAGUUUUAGUGAGAUGGGAACUAAUUUUGUCUUUCUUUUCAUUUGACACUAUGAAUAGAAUAGGUGCCUUUUUAUGUGCUUGGUUUGCUGAGUUUGAGUUCAUGUAAAUAUAUAAACAUAUGUGAAAUACUGGCCUUAGCGUAGAGAUGGAAAAGAUCUUUACUAUGUAUAAAAAUCCAGUGGUGCUAUUUUCCUAUGAAACGGGGUAAAUAGGCCUUCCUUUUUUUUUUGUGUACAUGUUUUGGCACUGUAGAA